AAUCAUGGGCAGCAACUUCAGUGGAGACUCGCUAGACUGCCUGCAACACCUACUAGGAGAGGACAACUCUCUUGGUUCGCUCCUCUCUUCGCGUCAAGGCGUCUUCCCCUGUUCCAACUCUCGACAGGCUCUGGUGGAGAAGGGAGGAGACUCAGUGUUGUCCCCUGCGAAGAGAACCCUUGAGGUGCAGGAGGGAGGAGAGCAGGAGGGGUACGGAAGGGCGUCGAAGCAGCUCAAGAUGUGGUAGGAGAGGAACGGGGAGGAGGAGCUCAUGUAUAUGAUUGCAAACUUGUAAACGAUUAACUUU